AUGUACACCGCGUUGCAGAGCUUCGAGCCAUUCUUCCGUGCCCAUCCCGAUGCCAAGUUGAUUCUGCUCCCGGAUACCCAGGAGACGAGCGACGUGCCGUGUGACACAGGCAGUGAUCCUGCCGUGUUGAAACGGGAGAUCGAGGAGAAGGGGUUACCUGUUGAUGCGGGGUUGGUGACUGAAAAUUGGAAUGAUAAGACGGGUCGGUACGCACCCACCAACGAAGCGGUCGCAGCUCGAGCUCGCGACGCACGACGUUGGUUGAAAGCUCGUCCGGAGAAGGAGAUCGUCCUUGUGACUCACGGAGGUUUCCUCCAUUUCUUCACGGAGGAUUGGGAGGAUAGCAGUCAAUACCGUGGCACUGGCUGGCUCAACACCGAAUACCGCACGUAUAUAUUCUCACCGGAGUUCCACACAGAGGAUCUGGACGGAAACACAUUGGAUGGUGACAACGCGAGUUUGGUGGAGACUGCGGAAUCGCGCGCUCGUCGUGGAAAGGAAGGACCCAUGGUCGGUCGACGUCGACAGAGCACACUGUAUAAGCUUGGAACGCACGAAUGGGACGAACAGGGAUUGCAGCUUAGUUCCGCGGAACGGAAUGUUCUCAAGAAUAAAGAAGAGGUGGAACCGGUUUCUGCUUAA